CCCUGGUUCCCGUUUCUGACGAUCAGCCUCGCAUCAAUAAAAUCUCGUUUAGAUGUUUGAAAAUGGCCGACGAAAAAGAUGCAAAACCUACCAAGAAGAACCCUUUCACAAUUGCUUAUCUGAAAGAUUUCAUAGAGAAUACACCAUGUGCUAGAAAUUCGUUACUUUAUGGAUUGGUUGGAGGAAUGACAGUUGGGACAUCAAAAUAUAUGUAUUCAAAGCACAUCAGACGGUCAUGUGAUUACGCUGUAGCUUCAUUUGCUUUAGUUUCAAUUGGCAGCUGGCAGUUAUGUAGAUAUUUAAACUGGAAACAAAGGAAGGAAAUUGACAAGACAGUUGAACUUCUAACAAAAUACUCAAAUUCAAAAGGAAGUGACAAUGACCAACCAAAAAUUGUUUGAGUUUAGUUAUCAGUAUGGCCAAGACACCAAGUGUGCUUUGGGCAAUUGUUGAGGAUAUCUUCAAGGUUGAUGUUGGCACCCUAGUUGCCCCUUUUGGCAGGACGGAGUGAAGCUCACCAGUGUUUGUGUGUUAGUGUAAGCAUUGCAAGACAAUUCAAAAAUACAGACAGCCACUAGAAAAAUCAUUGUUUAGUAGAACUAAAAAGGAAAGUACUAUGAACUCAAGUAUAACAAAAAUUCAAUUGAAACUUAGUAAAAAUUAAAACAUCAGUGAAAUCUGAAAUGCAAAUUGUCAUACAGAAA